AUGGAGUCCUUUGGCCUGUCUGGCCCCCUGAAAGCCACUUUCUGGGAGCUCCACCGACAGCUCGGCGAAUGCUACGCUUCCGAUCUUGCGAUCGCAGAGGGCCGACAACCCGACAAAAAGCCGUCUGAAGCGGGCACGGCUCUCCAGACUCUCCAGUUCAAAUUCGGGGAGCACUUGCAGACUCCAGUGGUCAAUGAGAGGCGGCUGAGCACCAACUCCAUCAUCUCGGUUGACCCGCAUGCAGCGCGCAGCGAACGGCACAUUGCUCUGGAUCCGACCCGCAGUGAAAAGUUGAGCGCGAAAGACCGUAUCGAGAUUGUGAGGGGCAGGAGAAAACAGACGAUGAAAACACUUGGCAAAGUACAGGGUGCCGAUGUAUCAGACGAUGGCAGCAACGCGCACAUCAACCUGAAGCCGCAUGAAUGUUGGAAUGCGAACAAACUUCAGAAGAAGCCAGGAGGCAAUCGGCGAUUGUCUCAAGACUGCGGCGCCACUCGGGACAUGCUUCCUUUGACGACCCAGCCCACAAAGGAGAGCUUGAAAGCUGACGGACCGAGGAAGUACAUGUUUCACCCCGCGGGGUCAUUCAGAACCAUUUGGAAUAUGAUGACUGCCAUCACCGUGCUGUACGACCUUAUUGUCAUUCCGCUGUAUGCGUUUGACCUGCCGCAGACCGGUGCUCUUACAGUUUUCGGGUGGACAAUCAUGAUUUUCUGGAACGUGGACCUGAUCAUAUCCUUUCGGACCGGAUUUUACGAUGAGGGCGCAUUGGUGAUGACCCCCCUCAGAGUUGCAUGGCACUACUGCAGGACCUGGCUCCUCUUCGACCUCGCGCUGAUCUCUUUAGAUUGGGUCCUUGCAUUCAUGGAUAUGUCGGAUAGCGGAGAAGGGCAGGCGCCAUGGUCGCGCACGCUGCGCAUGCUGCGGUUUCUCAGGCUGAUAAGGAUGCUGCGAUGGAUCAAGUUGAGACAGGCAAACGAAGCUCUGCAAGAUCUUCUUCAUUCUCAGGUCAUGAGCUUGUACUAUGGCCUGGCAAGCAGCAUCGCACAUCUUAUGGUGCUGAACCAUUUGAUCGCUUGUGCCUGGUUUGGCGUGCAUCACCUCAGCUCGGAUAAUUGGGUGGCUGCCAGCAACAUGGAAGACAGCGAAAUCAUUCAUCAGUACCUGGUCUGCUUGAACUGGGCAUUUGCACAACUUGGAGUUGGUUCCAGCAAUGCCAAGCCCAUCAAUAGCCUGGAAUUUGCGUUCUGCAUUCUUAUUGCAUUCCGUUCGCUCAUCACCAGUUCCACGUUGAUCAGCACAGUGAGCAACCUGAUGGCCGGUUUGAGCAAGAUCAAGGAGGACGAAACCAACGAGUUCCGAUUGCUGCGGGCGUACUUAGCUGCGAAUGACAUCCAGCAGCAGCUCACACAAAAAGUUACGCAAUUCCUCCAGUUUCAGUAUGCGUUGAGGCAGGAAGCGAGGUCCGCUGACAUGCAAGUUCCGCUGCUUGAGCUUCUGUCGCAGCAGCUGCAGGGUGAGCUCCAAUUUGCACGAUUCCAAAAGGCUCUGUGCAAGCUGCGUUUUAUUGAGGACUUGAUCGACGACCCUGAUUUACAAACGAUGCAGGUUCUUCACCGCUUGGCUAUGACUGCCCUAAGCAAUACUAUCGUGGCAGCAAAAGAUGUUAUCUUUUUGUGUGGCAGUCAGGCGGUGGCAGCCUGUCUGAAGCUGAGUGGAUCUCUGACUUAUUUUCAUGAGGAUGGGACGAAGACCAUCGAUUCAUCUACUUGGGUGGCGGAGGUUUGCUUGUGGACACCAUGGAUUUUCAUGGGUGACCUCGUCGCGGAUGAUGUCACCCGCAUGGCCUUGCUGGACGCCCAAAGUUUUGGCGAAAUCCUGUCGCAGAAUUGGCAAACCCACCAUGCUGCACACCGCUACGCCAAGGACUUCUUGGAGACGUUGAAGAAGCAGGACAGCUGGCUGGACGUGAUGGAACGGGAUGACGCCAGCGAUGGAAGCUUCGAUGAUGGGAGCAAGACAACUGCUCCUGUAGCAAAGAAGAAGCACUGUUGUGCGGCUUUCUUCGGUGGGAGGAAACGGCUGGCCCAGGUAGUCGCAACGGCCCCAGCUGUGUCCACUGACAGUAUUCACUGA